AUGGAGAGAAUGGAGCCGAGGCUGAAGAGCGUAGGUUUGCUUCUUCCACUUGGUCGCGUUGAGAAUGUAGCUAACCUGCUCCUUAUGACAGCCGAGCCUACUCAUGUCUAUACCAUCUCAAGCGAUCUGACCUCGUCCCCGACGACCGUUGCCUUCCUCGUCUUGCUGAAACGCCCGCAGCCUCUCGACCCUAUCGUCCCGCUCACCUCCCAAAUUCAAAUUCUCAACCUACCGGGCCCUGCAUACCUGUCAACGAGCGGCGGCGAGCAGGGACCUACCAGCUCUCCUUACGAGGUUCUCCAACUCUAUCUCCAUAACGGUCUUGCUCCAUAUUUCGAUGCGAGCACCAAAAGUCAGCAGUUGCUCAACGGCGCCAGGGGCCGGCCCGAUGUCGAUGCCAAGACCGGAAUUCCUGUCACCAAGAAGCGCUGGACCGAGCUGGAACUGAGUCUGUCACAUCUCCAGCAAAAUGUCGAGAUCCCUGAGGUGUCUCUGCCCUUUCACCCUCUUGUACAGAGUACGCUUGAGGAAGCGGCCACCAAGAAUGUCAAACCCUCCAUCGACCUUCUUCCAGCCACCGUGCUAGCAGACAGCACGUUCCUGAACAACCUGCAGGCCACCGUCAACAACUGGAUCAAGUCCAUUCAAGUGAUUACCAAGAUGACGAGGGACCCGACAACCGGCACGGCCAACCAAGAAAUCAAUUUCUGGUUGUCCAUGGAGGCAGCACUCGAGGGAAUUGAGAACCAACUGCGGAGUGAAGGAGUUAUGCUCACGCUUGAUAUCCUCAAGCAUGCCAAGCGUUUCCAGGCCACUGUCAGCUUCACAGCUGAUACGGGUUUGAAGGAGGCCAUGGAAAAGGUUCAAAAGUACAAUCAGCUCAUGAGAGAUUUCCCGCUCGAUGAGUUGUUGUCUGCUACUACCCUUACCAAGGUUCAGGAAUCCAUUGGGCAGAUUUUUGGCCACCUCAACAAGAAGCUGAGGAUAUGCCCAUAUCCCAUCCGCCGCGCACUCCCGUUGGUCGAAGCCAUUUCCGGUGACUUGGACGAGGUCCUACACCGACUGCUUCCUGGAACGGAGCUGGUCAAACUCGACUAUGAAGAGUUCAAAGGUGUCAUGAAGCAGGCAGGUAGCAUCUUCCGCGCUUGGGACGAAAGCAUCAAAGAAUUCACCAAUGUUGCUCGUGAAGUAACUCGCCGGCGUAACGAGAAGUUCAUUCCUAUCAAGAUUAACCCACGUCACGCUGAGCUGCAGUCUCGCUUGGACUAUGUCCACAACUUCCGUGAUAACCACGAGCAACUCCAAAGGACAAUUAUCAAUGUGCUGGGUCCCAAGGCAACUGUUAAUGGCAUUGUCGCGGCGUCCGGCGCUAAUGGCGUCGCCGUAGUCGAAGAAAUCGGCGAUGUGGACGCGGUUGAUGAGGUCAAGCAGGCUUGGGAGGCUUUGAAGGAUGUUGAUUUGCUUGAUUGCUCCCGCGAAGGCACCGAAAAAUGGGUACGCGCAGAGAAUAUCUACAAUGAGCGCACUGCUCGUGUGGAAAAUUCCAUCAUUGCCCGCCUUCGUGAUCGUCUGGCCACGGCCAAGAACGCCAACGAGAUGUUCCGCGUCUUCUCCAAGUUUAACGCUCUAUUCGUGCGCCCCAAGAUUCGUGGUGCCAUUGCCGAGUACCAAACGCAGCUCAUCGACAACGUAAAACAGGCCAUUAGUUCCCUGCACGAGCGUUUCAAGCAGCAAUAUGGCCACUCGGAGGCCCAUGCUAUGGCUCAGCUUCACGAUCUGCCGCCUGUGUCAGGUGCUAUAAUAUGGGCCAGACAAAUUGAGCGGCAACUUGAUCAGUAUAUGAAGAAGGUUGAGCAAGUCCUUGGCUCAGAUUGGGCUCUUCAUACCGAGGGCCAAAAGCUUCAGAAUGAGAGUGACCUGUUCAGGAAGAAGCUGGAUACCAGACCCAUCUUUGAGGCCUGGCUUCAUGACGUCCAGAGGAAGCAGAUAUCCAUCUCCGGCUUGCUGUUUACCAUUAACAGGAUCCGCUCUGCUGGAAACAUCCUCGAGUUGGCCGUGAACUUCGACGCGCAGGUCAUCGCGUUGUUCAAGGAAACCCGAAACCUGCUUUGGCUCAACUACCCUGUCCCCCACUCGGUUAACAAUGUGGCCAAAGAGGCAAAGCGCGUAUAUCCCUUUGCUGUCAGUUUGAUGGAAAGUGUCAGGACAUUUGCCCAGACAAACCGCCAGAUUUCUGACAUGUCCGAGGUCGCUGUGCUGCUGAGCGGCCACCGUAACGAUGUGUAUACGCUGAUUUCCAAGGGCAUACCGCUUAGGUGGGAGACAUUCGUCAAUACCUACGAAGUGCACUUCAAGCCAACCUUCAAUCCCCCCAACACCCCACUGGGCCAGACAGGCUCCAAGGUCAGCGAGACGAAGCAUGUCAUGUUCAUCCGCGAGUUCGCUGCUUCGGUUUCGUUGUUGCAGUCCAAGACUCUCCUUCUUGCCAAUAUCUAUGUCACGGUACAGAAGGCACUCAACGAGCUCAAGACAUGUCCUUAUGAGGCAUCGGCCUUCCAAUCACGCCUCGAAACCAUUCAGCAUGCAGUUGACCAGCUGAACCUGGAGCAGUAUGUCAACCUUGGUUACUGGGUAGAGCGCAUGAACAGGCAAAUCAAGGCUGUUCUGUAUACUCGUCUGCAGUUCGCAAUUCAGGCUUGGAUCCAAGCAUUCGAAGACGAGAAUGUUGAGCGUCCGAGCGAGCGCAAGAGGCUUCUAGAAAUCGCCUCUCCUGAUGCGGUGAAGUCGGAUGGGCCAGUUAUCAAGAAUCUGGUGCACGAAAUUACCAUGCGGAACCAAGUCAUCUAUCUCGACCCGCCUCUCGAAUACGCAAGAGCCAGCUGGUUUGCCCAGUUGCAGGACUGGAUUGGGGUUAUCUGCAACCUAAAGAAGAUCAAGGCGACCAGGUACACCAUGAGUCUUAGCACAGAAGUGGUUGACGAGCCGCGCUUCAAUGAUCUUCCCGGUGAUUGCACCGAGGAGCUUCUCAGGGUGCAGACUUCAGUGGAGAAGAAGAUUCGCGAGAUUGGCGCGUAUGUUGACAAGUGGUUGCAGUUCCAGUCGCUCUGGGAUCUCCAAUCCGAGCAUGUCUAUGACGUUCUUGGUGACCAGCUUUCAAGGUGGCUCCAGCUUCUUCAAGAGAUUCGCAAGACCAGACAAACCUUCGAUACCACUGAGGUCAGCCGCUCGUUUGGCCACCUCACCAUUGACUAUGAUCAGGUCCAGACCAAGGUCAAUGCCAAGUACGACCAGUGGCAGCAGGAUAUUCUUAUCAAGUUUGCCAGCCGCUUCGGAAACCGCAUGCGCGAAGUGUAUGCGGAGCUUGAGAAGGCUCGCAAGGACCUCGAGGGCCAGGCGAUGACUGCCAACUCCACGGCCGAGGCUGUCCGGUUCAUUACGAUUGUCCAGAGCUGCACUAGACAGGUUAAGCUGUGGGCUCCCGAGAUUGAGACCUUUAGGCAGGGUGAAUCGACCCUUGUACGCCAGCGAUACCAUUUCCAGAAUGACUGGUUGCAUGCCGAGCAGGUGGACGGCAUGUGGGAUAUGCUCAAUGAACUGCUUGCCCGCAAGAGCAAGAUUGUUACCGACCAGUCUGAUGCCCUUCGAGCCAAGAUUACUGCCGAGGAUAAGGUGGUCAACGACAAGAUCACCGAGAUCGCACACCAGUGGAACGAAGAGAAGCCCGUGUCUGGCACCAUUGCACCGGACGUCGCCUCUGCCACCCUCACCCAUUUCGAACAACGCAUCACCAAGUUGCAGGAGGAGUCGGCCAUGGUUGCCAAGGCCAAGGAGGCGCUCGAUUUGGCGCCUACUCCUGACACUUCGCUCGGUGUUAUCCUCGAAGAGGUUCAGGACUUCAAGUCCGUUUGGGCGUCGCUGUCCACCAUCUGGAAGAACCUCAAUGAGCUUCGUGAGACGCUUUGGAACAGUGUUCAGCCGAGAAAGAUCCGUGCGUCGAUCGAUAACCUCAUCAAGAUGACCAAGGAGAUGCCGAGCAGAAUGAGACAGUAUGCCGCGUUUGAGCAUAUCCAGAACGUGCUGAGGCAGCUGAUGAAGGUUAAUCCUAUUCUGGGUGAGCUCAAGUCAGAGGCCGUACGUGAUAGACAUUGGACCAAGAUCUACAAGCAAAUCAAGCCGGGUAAACGCUACUCUCCCGUCUCAAUGACCCUCGGAGACGUCUGGGACUUGAACCUCGUCGCUACUGAGAUAAUUGUCAAGGAUAUCAUCAUCCAGGCUCAAGGUGAAAUGGCUCUCGAGGAGUUUCUCAAGCAGGUCCGUGAGACCUGGACAAGCUACGGCCUUGAGCUCGUCCAAUACCAGCAGAAGUGUCGCCUUAUCCGUGGCUGGGACGACCUCUUCGCCAAGUGCAGUGAGAACCUGAACUCGCUCCAGGCCAUGAAGCACUCGCCCUAUUACAAGGAGUUCGAAGAGGAGGCGUCCUCUUGGGAAGAGAAACUCAACCGCGUGCACGUCUUGUUCGACAUCUGGAUCGACGUCCAACGCCAGUGGGUUUAUCUGGAAGGUGUAUUCCACGGAAACGCGGAUAUCAAGCAUCUGCUGCCCAUCGAGUCUUCUCGCUUCCAGAACAUUAAUAGUGAAUUCUUGGCGGUCAUGAAGAAGGUUUACAAGCAGCCGAAUGUCUUGGACGUGCUGAACAUCCCCAAUGUUCAGAAGUCACUUGAGCGCCUCGCUGAGCUGCUCAACAAGAUCCAGAAGGCGCUCGGCGAGUAUCUCGAGAAGGAGCGCGUAUCAUUCCCAAGAUUCUACUUCGUUGGUGACGAAGACUUGCUGGAAAUGAUUGGUAACAGCAACGACACCAUGCGCAUUGCCAAGCAUUUCAAGAAGAUGUUCGCCGGCCUGAACGGGCUUGUCAUGGAUGAGGACGGCGUCAUCUCGGGCUUUACCAGCAAAGAAGGCGAGACGGUCAGACUCAAGAAGGAGAUCAAUCUCGUCAAGACCCCCAGGAUCAACGACUGGCUCGCGCUGCUGGAGAGUGGUAUGAAGGCUACGCUUGCCGAACUGCUCGCUGAGGCAGUGGAUGAGUUUACACCCAUUUUCUCGAGCGAAGAGGUUGAUCGCGACGCACUGAUCAAGUUCAUGAACACCUACCCCAGUCAGAUCGUCGUGCUCGCUACGCAGGUUGUUUGGACCACCAUGGUGGACCAGGCACUCGCCGAUGGCGGAAAGGACCUCCAGUUGCUGUUUGACCGCGAAGUUCAGGUCCUUCGGAUGCUUGCUGAUACUGUUCUCGGCGAUCUUGAAGUCCUGCUUCGGAAGAAGUGCGAGCAGCUUAUCACUGAAUGCGUCCACCAGCGCGAUGUGAUCGAGAAGCUCAACAAGCUCAACGCCAACUCCAACACACACUACAUGUGGCUUCUGCAGAUGCGCUAUGUUUACAAUCCGGAAGGGGACUUCCUCCAGCGUCUGCACAUCAAGAUGGCCAAUGCCAAGCUUAACUAUGGCUUUGAAUAUCUCGGUGUUCCUGAUAGACUUGUUCGCACGCCACUUACAGACAGGUGCUUCCUUACUCUCACCCAGGCUCUGUGCCAGCGGUUGGGUGGUUCGCCAUAUGGUCCUGCUGGAACAGGUAAGACGGAGUCCGUUAAGGCGCUCGGUCUACAACUUGGUCGCUUCACGUUGGUCUUCUGCUGCGACGAUACCUUCGACAACCAGGCCAUGGGUCGUAUCUUCCUCGGUAUCUGCCAGGUCGGUGCUUGGGGCUGCUUCGAUGAGUUUAACCGUCUGGAGGAGAAGAUUCUCUCGGCUGUCUCGCAGCAGAUCCAGGAUAUCCAGCUCGGCCUGAAGAUGGGCGCCGAAGAUGAGAAGGCACAAAUCGAGCUUGACGGCAGACAAAUCCACGUCAACGCCAACGCCGGUAUUUUCAUCACCAUGAACCCUGGCUAUGCCGGCCGUUCCAACCUGCCCGAUAACUUGAAGAAGCUAUUCAGGAGCGUGGCCAUGUCGAAGCCCGACAAGGAGCUCAUUGCCGAGGUCAUGCUUUACUCCCAGGGUUUCAACCAGGCAAAGCAGUUGAGUAAGCAUACCGUGCCGUUCUUCGACCAGUGCUCCCAGAAACUGUCCAAGCAGGCGCAUUACGACUUUGGUCUCAGAGCCCUGAAGAGCGUGCUCGUUAGUUCCGGUGGCCUGAAGCGCGCUAGACUGCUGGAGACCGGCGGUGCUGAGUCGCUUGGCCCCGAAGAUGUUGUCGAGCCUGAGAUUAUCGUGCAAAGUAUUAGGGAGACGAUCGCUCCUAAGUUGAUCAAGUCUGAUGUGGAGAUCAUGAUGGAGAUCGAAAGUGUCUGCUUCCCCGGUGUGAAGUAUGUACCUGCCAGUCUCGAGAAGCUGCAAGAGGCCAUCAGGCGUUUGGCGGCGGAGAGGCAGCUGGUCGUCAACGACACCUGGAUGACCAAGGUCCUGCAGCUCUAUCAGAUCCAAAAUAUUCACCAUGGUGUCAUGAUGGUGGGUAACUCUGGCUCCGGCAAGUCGGCUGCAUGGCGGUUGUUGCUCGAUGCCCUACAGCAAACGGAGAACGUCGAGGGCGUCUCUCAUGUCAUUGACAGCAAGGUCAUGUCCAAGGAAGCUCUCUAUGGUAAUUUGGACUCGACCACCAGAGAGUGGACCGAUGGUCUGUUCACCAGCAUUCUCCGCAAGAUUGUUGAUAACCUCCGUGGUGAGGACGCCAAGCGCCACUGGAUCGUCUUCGACGGUGAUGUCGACCCCGAAUGGGUUGAAAACUUGAACAGUGUUCUCGAUGACAACAAGCUUCUCACCUUGCCCAACGGUGAACGUCUCAACCUCCCACCCAACGUACGGAUCAUGUUCGAGGUCGAGAAUCUCAAGUACGCCACCCUCGCUACUGUCAGUCGAUGCGGUAUGGUGUGGUUCAGCGAGGACACCGUCACACCCGAUAUGAUGGUUUCCAACUACCUUGAGACCUUGCGAACCGUCGCCUUCGAAGAUCUCGACGAGGAUGCGGUCGCUACAGGCCAGACCUCUGCUAAGGCACUGGCUGUCCAGAGCCAGGCGGCUGAUCUGCUCCAAGAAUUCUUGACGAGAGACAACCUGAUUUCUGAAGUUCUCAAGGAGGCUGAGAAAUACGAGCACAUCAUGGAGUUCACAGUCGCGAGAGUCCUCAGUACCAUGUUCUCGCUCCUGAACAAGGCUGUCAGAGAUAUCAUCGAGUACAAUUCCACGCAUGUUGAUUUCCCUAUGGAUCCAGAACAGGCGGAGGGCUAUAUCUCCAAGAAGGUGCUUCUUGCCUUGGUGUGGGCGCUCACCGGUGAUUGCCCUCUCAAAGAUCGCAAGAUCUUUGGUGACAAGGUCGCAGCAUUGGCGAGCUUCGGAUCACCGCCAGUGGAUGGCACGAGUUCGUUGAUUGACUUUACCGUCACAAUGCCUCAGGGCGAAUGGCAGACUUGGCAGCAGCAUGUUCCUACCAUAGAGGUUAACACCCACUCGGUAACUCAGACUGAUGUCGUCAUCCCCACGCUCGACACCAUCCGUCACGAGGAUGUGUUGUACUCGUGGCUGGCGGAGCAUAAGCCGCUGCUCCUUUGCGGUCCUCCUGGUUCCGGUAAAACGAUGACGCUGUUUAGCGCUCUGAGGAAGUUGCCCAACAUGGAGGUUGUUGGUCUCAACUUCUCGAGUGCUACUACACCGGACCUGCUCAUCAAGACUUUUGAGCAGUAUUGCGAGUACAAGAAGACCUUGAACGGAGUCAUGCUCUCGCCUACCCAGAUUGGACGUUGGCUUGUCAUCUUCUGUGAUGAAAUUAACUUGCCUGCUCCCGACAAGUACGGCACUCAGCGCGCCAUUUCCUUCCUCCGCCAGCUGGUUGAACACAACGGUUUCUGGAGGACUUCAGACAAGGCGUGGGUCACUCUUGAUAGAAUCCAGUUUGUCGGUGCUUGCAACCCUCCUACCGAUGCCGGUCGUACGCCCAUGGGUGCAAGAUUCCUCAGACACGCGCCUCUCAUCAUGGUUGAUUACCCCGGUGAGCUGUCGCUCAUGCAGAUCUACGGCAGCUUCAACGCGGCUAUUCUCAAGGUCAUUCCCUCGCUGCGCGGAUACUCCGAGGCACUUACCCAAGCCAUGGUGCGCUUCUAUCUCGAGUCGCAGGAACGGUUCACACCCAAGAUUCAACCACACUAUGUCUACAGUCCUCGCGAGUUGACGAGAUGGGCGCGUGGUGUGUACGAAGCUAUCAGGCCGCUUGAGACGUUGUCUGUCGAGGGCCUCAUCCGUAUCUGGGCCCACGAAGCGCUGCGUCUGUUCCAAGACAGAUUGGUUGACGAGGAAGAGCGCAAGUGGACCGAUGAUGCGGUGCGCAGAAUCGCCAUGGAGUACUUCCCUACUAUCGACGAGCAGAAGGCGCUUGGUGGACCUAUCCUCUUUUCCAACUGGCUGUCCAAGAACUACGUACCGGUUGAUCGCGAGCAGUUGCGCGAUUUCGUCAAGGCUAGACUCAAGACUUUCUGCGAGGAAGAGGUCGAUGUGCCGCUUAUUCUGUUCAACGAUGUCCUGGAGCAUGUCUUGCGCAUUGAUCGUGUGUUCAGACAGCCGCAGGGCCAUUUGAUUCUCAUUGGUGUCAGUGGCUCUGGAAAGACGACGCUGUCAAGGUUUGUGGCUUGGAUGAACGGUUUGAAGGUGUUCCAGAUCAAGGUGCAUGGCAAGUACUCGGCCGAGGACUUUGAUGAAGAUUUGAGGGAGGUGUUGAGGAGGUGUGGUUGCAAGGGAGAGAAGAUCUGCUUCAUUAUGGAUGAGUCCAACGUGCUGGAUUCUGGUUUCCUCGAAAGGAUGAAUACCCUUCUCGCCAACGCGGAAGUGCCGGGUCUGUUCGAGGGCGAUGAUCUUGCCGCCCUCAUGACGGCUUGCAAGGAAGGCGCGCAGCGCCAGGGCUUGCUGCUUGAUUCACAGGAAGAGCUGUACAAGUGGUUCACGGGUCAGAUUGUCAAGAAUCUUCACGUGGUGUUCACCAUGAAUCCGCCCGGGGAGGAUGGCCUGUCGUCCAAGGCUGCCACGUCGCCUGCGCUCUUCAACCGUUGCGUGCUCAACUGGUUCGGAGACUGGUCCGAUCAAGCACUGUUCCAAGUUGCACACGAGCUUACUCAUUCUGUGGAUCUGGAUCGGCCAAACUGGACCGCGCCGGAUACGAUUCCCGUUGUCUACAGGGGUCUCAACUUGCCGCCGUCGCAUAGAGAGGCGGUUGUCAACGCCAUGGUUUACAUCCAUUACUCGCUGCAGCGCUUCAACGCCAAGCUGCUCAAGCAGCAGGGCAAGAUCACUUUCCUCACUCCCCGUCACUUCCUCGAUUUCGUUGCCCAAUAUGUCAAGCUUUACAACGAAAAGCGGGAGGAUCUUGAGGAGCAGCAACGCCAUCUCAACGUUGGUUUGGAGAAGUUGCGUGACACAGUCGACAAAGUCCGUGACCUCAGAGUCACUCUGUCAGAGAAGAAGGUUCAGUUGGAGCAGAAGGACGCCGAGGCCAACGAGAAACUGCAGCGCAUGGUGGCUGACCAACGCGAGGCCGAACAAAGGAAGAACAUCUCUCUCGAGAUCCAGGCUGCGCUUGAGAAGCAGGAAGCCGAGGUUGCAUCCCGCAAGAAAGUCGUGCUUGAGGAUCUCGCCAGGGCAGAACCAGCUGUCGAGGAGGCCAAGGCUUCCGUUAGCAGCAUCAAGAGGCAGCAUCUCACGGAAGUCAGGUCUAUGCCUACUCCUCCCUCUGGUGUCAAGCUUGCCCUUGAGUCUGUUUGCACACUCAUUGGCCACAAGGCGAACGACUGGAAGACUAUCCAGGGUAUUGUCCGCAGAGAUGAUUUCAUUGCCAGCAUUGUCAACUUCAACAACGAGAAGCAGAUGACCAAGAGUCUCAGAGUCAAGAUGCGCAAUGAGUUCUUGGCCAAUCCGGAGUUUACCUUUGAGAAGGUCAAUCGCGCGUCCAAGGCCUGCGGUCCCCUCGUACAGUGGGUUGAGGCGCAGGUUAACUAUGCUGAGAUUCUGGACCGUGUUGGGCCCCUCAGGGAGGAAGUCAUGUUGCUUGAGGAACAGGCUCUCCAGACCAAGGCCGAGGCCAAGGCUGUUGAGCAGACCAUCUCCACCCUUGAAAACAGUAUUGCACGAUACAAGACCGAGUACGCGGCUCUCAUCAGCGAGACGCAAGCCAUCAAGGCGGAGAUGUCGAGGGUGCAGUUCAAGGUCGACAGGAGUGUCAAGCUUCUUGACAGUUUGUCGAGCGAGAGAACCCGUUGGGAGGAGGGCAGCAAGUCUUUCGAGACACAGAUCAGCACGCUUGUCGGCGACGUCCUUGUCGCAGCGGCUUUCGUGGCUUACAGCGGUCUGUACGACCAGACCUUCCGCAAGUCGAUGAUGGAAGACUGGCUUCACCAGCUCCACUUGUCGGGUGUCCAGUUCAAGCAACACAACCCAAUGACCGAGUACCUCUCGACUGCAGAUGAGAGGCUCAGCUGGCAGGAGAACACGCUGCCUGUGGAUGACUUGUGCACGGAGAAUGCGAUUAUCCUCAAGAGAUUCAACCGGUACCCACUCAUCAUCGAUCCUUCGGGUCGUGUUACCGAGUUCCUUAACAGGGAGUCUAAGGAUCGCAAGCUCACCGUCACAAGCUUCCUGGACGAUUCAUUCACCAAGGUCCUUGAAAGUUCUCUCCGUUUCGGUAACCCCAUUCUCAUUCAGGAUGCUGAACACCUCGAUCCUGUGCUCAACCAUGUUCUCAAUAAAGAGUACCAGAAGACCGGUGGUCGUGUCCUCAUCCAACUUGGCAAGCAGCAAAUCGAUUUCUCGCCUGCCUUCAAGCUUUAUCUCUCUACCAGAGAUCCAUCCGCCACGUUCGCGCCGGAUAUUUGCAGUAGGACGACCUUUGUCAACUUCACGGUCACGCAGAGCAGUUUGCAGACGCAGUCACUCAACGAGGUCCUCAAGUCUGAGAGACCUGACGUGGAUGAGAGGCGGUCCAACCUCAUCAAGCUGCAGGGCGAGUUCAAGGUCCAUCUCCGCCAACUUGAGAAGAAGCUGCUCCAGGCGCUCAACGAGUCGCGCGGCAACAUCCUUGAUGACGACCAUGUCAUCGAGACGCUCGAGACCCUCAAGACGGAGGCUGCCGAGAUUUCAGCCAAGAUGAGCAACACUGAGGGCGUCAUGGCAGAGGUGGAGCAGAUCACAUUGCAGUACAACAUCAUUGCCAGGUCUUGCAGUGCCGUCUUCGCCGUACUCGAACAGCUGCACUAUCUCAACCACUUCUACCGGUUCUCGCUGCAGUACUUCCUUGAUAUCUUCCAUUCCGUCCUCCGCGGCAACCCCCAUCUGGCAAACGAGACAAACCACAAUGUUAGACGGGAUAUCAUUGUCAAGGAUCUCUUUGUGGCCACCUUCAAGCGCACCGCGCUGGGUCUCUUGCAGAAGGAUCGCAUCACCCUUGCUAUGCUUCUUGCCCAGGCUUCGCCCUACAAGAUGGAUAAGGGUCUUUUGGAUGUCAUUCUUGAUGAGCGUAUCGAGGGUAAGGAUGUUUCGAUUGAUCAGAACACGCGCGACGAAGCAUUUGCGCGGGCGAAGAAGACUCCUGCUCUCAAGGACAAGAUCAACACAGUUCCAGAAGCGGAUUGGGACAAGUUUUUCACCGAGGAGCUGGCUGAGGACUUUGUUCCCAAGAUCUGGAACGACGAAACCGAGCCAAACGACCGUGCCCUUAUGUCGCUACUGCUUGUCAAGCUCUUCCGCCUCGAUCGUUUCGUCCCUGCGGCGGAGCGCUUUGUCACUCUUGUCUUUGGCGCAGAGCUGUUUGACAUUGUCGAGGAUCUCAAGCAAACCGUUGACCAAGUCUCGGCUAUCCGGCCCAUCGCCCUCGUUUCGUCCCCUGGCUUCGAUGCCUCCUACAAGGUGGACGGUCUCGUCGAGCGCAUGCGCGUCCGGUGCACAAACAUCGCCAUGGGUUCGGCCGAAGCCGAAGGCAGUGCCGACAAGGCCAUUGCCAACGCCGCGCAGACUGGAUCAUGGGUUCUCAUCAAGAACGUCCAUCUCGCCCCCGGUUGGCUGCAGGGCGUGGAGAAGAAGAUGGAGACGCUCAACCCCAACCCCGAGUUCAGACUCUUCUUGUCCAUGGAGUCCAGUCCCAAAAUCCCUGUCAACCUGCUCCGUGCCUCGAGAGUGCUCAUGUACGAGCAGCCCGCGGGUGUCAGGGCGAACAUGAAGGACUCCAUGUCGAGCAUCUCGACCAGGUCGCUCAAGAGCCCCGUCGAGAGAACAAGGUUGUACCUGCUGCUGUCUUUCUUGCACGCCGUUGUCCAAGAAAGGUUGCGGUAUGCGCCUAAUCUGGGCUGGAAGGGUUUCUGGGAGUUCAACGAUGCUGAU